UGCAAUCGAUGGCUCAGGUUGGAGGCGCGGGGAGCGGCCCGAGGCUUGCCGGCGUGCAUGCCGCGCAGCCAUGAACGACUUUGACGAGUGCGGCCCCAGCGCAGCCAGCAUGUACCUGCCGGGCUGCGCUUACUACGUGGCCCCGUCGGACUUCGCCAGCAAGCCGUCGUUCCUCUCGCAGCCGUCCUCGUGCCAGAUGACUUUCCCCUACUCGUCCAACCUGGCGCCGCACGUCCAGCCCGUGCGGGAGGUGGCCUUUCGCGACUACGGCCUGGAGCGCGCCAAGUGGCCGUACCGCGGCAGCGGCGGCGGUGGCGCGGGGGGCGGCGGCGGUGGCGGUCCCGGCGGGGGUGGCGGCGGCUCCGGGGGCUACGCUCCCUACUACGCCGCGGCGGCGGCGGCAGCGGCGGCGGCAGCGGCGGCCGAGGAGGUGGCCAUGCAACGAGAUCUGCUCCCACCCGCCGGCCGCCGGCCAGACGUGCUCUUCAAGGCUCCCGAGCCGGUGUGCGGCGCUCCCGGGCCGCCGCACGGUCCCGCGGCAGCAGCCUCUAACUUCUACAGCGCCGUGGGUCGCAACGGCAUCCUGCCCCAGGGCUUUGAUCAGUUCUACGAGGCGGCGCCAGGGCCCCCCUUCGCCGGCCCGCAGCCCCAGCCCGCUCCCGUGCCGCCGCAGCCCGAGGGUGCCGCUGACAAGGGCGACCCCAAGCCUGGGGCUGGUGGCGGCGGGGGCAGUCCCUGCGCCAAGGCGACUCCGGGCCCAGAGCCCAAGGGGGCGGCGGAAGGCGUUGGCGGUGAAGGCGAGGGCCCCCCAGGGGAGGCGGGGGCCGAAAAGAGCGGCGGCACAGUGGCCCCCCAGAGGUCCCGGAAAAAGCGCUGUCCCUACACCAAGUACCAGAUCCGCGAACUGGAACGCGAGUUUUUCUUUAAUGUAUACAUAAACAAAGAGAAAAGACUCCAACUCUCUCGGAUGCUCAACCUCACUGACCGGCAAGUCAAAAUCUGGUUCCAGAAUCGCAGGAUGAAGGAAAAGAAACUGAACAGGGACCGUCUGCAGUAUUUCACUGGAAACCCCUUAUUUUGAGAACUCCAGGAUGUACCCCCUCCCCAGAACCCCACUCACUCACCCUUCUCCCCACCAGCCUGCUCUCCGCAGGCCCAAUGUCCUUGGGUUCAAUGACGCCUCUUCUCUGUGGAACUUCACGAUUCCUUCUCGCGUUCAACUCGGGACCUCCCAGCGACCACUACAGCCUGAGGAAGAGGCCCGGAACUUGGCUGAGCGGAUCCUAAUAAGGGGAACAUGAGGAAAUCAAGUCUGAUACUCCAACCAGCAAUUGGCUCACUGCAAAGAGUGGCAGAAAGAAGAGGUGCCCUUACACCAAGCACCAGAC